UAAGAGCUCAAGAUGACGACGGGGGACGAUGUGGAGCUGGACCAAUCGGACUUUAGCUCGAAUGUCCGAUGGGCCAAGUCGUGGCAAUCCAUCUUCUUCGCCCUCUAUUGCUUUGUGAUGCUCAUCAGCUUGAUUUUGUUCUUGUGCCUGCUCCGAUCCGUGGCGAGGAAUAACAAGAAGGAAAUCCCCACCUACUUCUUCCUCAUAUUCAUCUUUUUCCUCUCCUUGGUGGAGGACGCCCUCAUCAUCCAUCAGUUCAUCUUGGUCAACGUGAAGACCCGCCACACCACUACGUUGUGCCAGUUCUUCACCUAUGUCGUCUAUGGGAACAAGAUUGUUUUGGCCUUGACCGUCACGUCCAUGGUCAUUUACACCUGGGUUCAUGUGGAGUUCAAGCGAUCCGUGAUCGAGCAGACCAUGCGGAAGUACUUUCCCGUGCUCAUCAUAGGGCUCUUCGUGGUAGAAUUGCUUUUGGCGAUUGAGCCCACCUUGAAUGUGCGAGGAUCUGCGGCCGAGCAAUAUUGCUAUCACGUGGACAAGCGGUUUUCCACACGACGACGGACAGGCUGGUUGUAUUUGGUGCUCUACCCGUACUUCGUUCCGUUGGUGGUGUGCCUCUUCCCGUGUAUUAAGUUGGGCCUCAAAUUGAGGGAUAAAGCCGUCCUGAGCAUUUUCGUGCCCCACGUUAAAGUCACCUUGGUAACCGUGAUUGGUUACUUCUUCUUCCACGUGCUCUAUUAUCUCCUCAUGUUGGCCCGAGAGAUUGAGGCCUCGGUGUUGGACCUAAACUAUUGGCGUCAAUUAUUAGGCCUUCACAUUUGGUACAUAACCCGGCCAAUGUUCGCGUUGGUGGCCUACGGAUGGUACAUUGUGGUCCCAUUGGGUCCUUUCCUCUUCGAUCCCGAUUUCAUGGGAGAGUUCCCGGGCAACUUUCUGAACCGUCAAGAGCUCGUCCACAAAGACGAAGAGAACCGCAACUCGAUCUGUAUGAGCGACACCGUGAGUACCGCCGAGACCAUGCGGGCCUCCUCUUUGGAUCCGGACUCCAUGAUGAGUAGCCCCCAGACACGGGUUGACGUGGAAUCAGCGGGUCAUCAUAACCCAGGCCACGGAUCGUCCAAUGGAGGGCGGGCCUUUGAGAAUCCCCUCCAAUCAUCCGACGGACCCGAUGUGUCUCUCAGUCAGCAAGGCAGUUUUGUCAAUCCCAUUACACAACAAGGAUCCCCAAGGAAUUUGGCUCAGUCAUCAUCCAUUGGGCGGGAAUUUGAGAACCCCGCUUUGAACGAGACAUCUUCAUCCAAAGAGUAUCAUCAAUCGUCUUUUAUGAUUUAAACAAAGGAAGGAAAAGUGCUGAAAAGUAGCGUGUAUCUUGUUCAUUCCACACCGUGUCAAAGCUUUUAGGAACGAUUUUCUUUAUUUGAUGUACAACGUAAGGAACAACAUUUGGAACAAGUGACAUUCUUGAUAGUAGCUAAGAUCAGUACAUUAAUCCACUUUGAAGUCCAUUAACUAAUUUUUAAUUAAAAAAAAAACCAUAU